ACAAUAUUAUUAAUCAGUCAGUAAACUCGCUCAAAAAUGAAAAGUAUUUUAAUAUUAUUCGCACUUUUUGUGCAAUGUUUAUGUGAAAAUAACGUGACAACAACUUUAAAAUUAUGGGACAAAACUUUACCAACAAAGUCAACACUUCGUAACAACAUGAAACCAGACUCUGUAACCGCUAAAGAAACUGUCAGUUUGCCACCAGACCAAGGAGGAAACUAUGGAGACUUAAUUUAUAGAAGCAGGCAAAAUGGAGAUUCUUUACUGGUAAGAGAUGUCGUUUUGAUACCCAGUUUGGAUGCCAAUGAACAGGACUUUCAAUGGUACACUUCAUUACCCAAUGCCAGAAGUAUUUCAUCUGUGAGGAUGUUAAAUAUUGGAAGGCAACGUGCUUAUACUUUAAGAAUUGAUGUUGCUGGACAAGACGCCCAGGUUGUUUUUAGAGUUCCUUCUUAUGCAGAUCCAAGGGUGCUUAUUGAGGUGUAUGGUUAUUAAGUUUUAAAUUAAAGUAUUUUUUUAUAUUAAAAUUUGUUUUUAUUUAACAUUUUUCUGUUUUG